AUGCUGGCUUUCCUCGUUGCCAACGUGAAAAACUCCUUAGUCAUUCUACGACACCGAAAGGACUCUUUUUCGUCAGUGGCAGGCUUGUUCACAAGCCAAUCGAAGGCAUCCUCUAAUCCUGUCUAUGUGCCCGUCAAUGAAGAGGCCGAGGAAAUAUUAGAAAAUUAUUAUGUUCCGGGAAGAUAUCAGCACUUUCUCAGAAAGAAUAGAAGGACUUUGAAAAAGGAAGCGCGACAAGAAAGUUAUUUCGGAAGAGAGCCCGUCCAAAGAAAGUCUGCACGGGAAGCUCGCGCGUCGAAUUCUGCAAAUACUGAAGAGAAGACGGUCAACAUUAAUGGCGAAGAAAUUUCGACAUUUACAAUGAUUCAGAACUCUUCCCAACGAAAUCUUUCUCAACGUUUAAACCGUGCGAUUAUUAAAUGCAACGAUCGCGUGCCUCACGCGUUUUUAAGUUCAACAUUCAUGCGGAUUGUCAAUAUUACGAUAUCACCAAAUUUAAGAGUUGCUCGGAUUUGGUGGAAACCCGAAGGGCAGAAAGGUAUCAGCAAGGAUGCUAUAGAGAGUUGCCUUCGCAAAAAUCUCGAGGAAUACUGUAGCAUGCUUCAACGUUCUAUGUAUGUUAGAAAGUCGCCGAAAAUCAUUUUUGUUCGAGAGGAUUUAAAAUUGCAAGGCAUCAAUGAAAUUUUGGACCAGAUCGAAGAUAAUUUUAAGAAACGAGAAGAGGUGAAACUUGAACAAAAACCACCGGAAAAUUUGAAAGAUUAUCUAGCACGUUUAGCACUUUACGAAAGACCUAUAUGGCAAUGUAUUUUAACUGGAAAGCAAAGUCUCACGUAUAAGCAAGCUCUUGAAAGCGAGAACAAUCAUAGGGAAGCGUUAAAAGACAAGUUCCCGGAGGGCUUAAAAGAACAAAUAUUGAGGCUGAUUCAAUUCAAAACGGAUAGAUUGGACGUACUUGUAAAUGAGAUCUUCCAAGAAUUCAAAGACUUAUAUGCUAUCGGGGAAAUUGUAUAUGUGGUGGUUGAUAAGAGAAAAAUCAAGGCAAAAAUUCUAGAAGUGAUUUACAAUGUGCAAAGCGAUAUAAAUUCUAAAGGAGUGAAGUCGAACGGUUUCAAACCACGUAAAAUCUCCAAUUCGCAGGUUUCGUACCGUGUACAAAUAUUGGAUGAAGAAGCUAAUUCGGCGAAGCAAAAAAACAAGAAAUUGGUUAUAAAGACAAUUAAUGGAAGUGAUGUUAUGAGCCGUGCGGACAAAUUAUCCUUCACCAAAACGCUUGUUCGUCAAUUCAUUAAAGAGACCGCCAACAAAGAUUCUUACUACCACGCGCCAUGGCUUGUCAAACUGAAAUUGGCCAAAAAGUAUGGCAUAUCGACAAAAUUGCCUGAUGAGUUACAACAGGCAAAAGUUGAGGCACUCGAAAAAAGUCGGAAGAGAAAGUCUAAAUCAUCUUCAAAUGAGGUGCCAAUGAAAAAGUCUAAAAAUAACAAAGGAACGAGUGUCAAUGUGCGGGCAACAAAGGGGGGGGCUUCAGCAAACAAAAAGUCCUCAAGCAAGACUUCAAAGCAAAGCUCGAAAAAGUUGACGAAUAAAAAACAGUCUAAAAAACAGCCAACUAAGAGCGCUGCGGAAAAGGCUAGGCAGGAAAAAAAGAAACAACAAGAACUCGAAAAGAAGAAAAAGGAAGCUGAACGUCAAGCCGCAAAAGAAAAGAAGCAAAAAGAAAAAGAAGAGCAGAAACGGCAGAAAGCUGAACAAAAGAAAAUAAAGUAUCCGAUCGAAGAUCUUGAAGUGCCGCUUGAUCGAUCAUUGCGUCAAAAACGACCUUCAAUAAGUCAAGACUUUAAAGUUCCUCAAAAAUAUGUAGGAACAAUGCUUGUUAUCUGGAAUUUCUUUAAUAUAUUUGGAAAAUCACUUGGCAUGUCUUUCUGUACCCUCGAUGAUUUUGAAUCUUCGCUUUACCACAAUGUGGUAAAUCCUCGUUGUUACUUGACCAUCGAGAUGCAUGUGGUCUUAUUGAACGCAAUUAUCAAAGAUCGUUUACACUCAAAAGGAAAAAAGCGUCAGGUUGUUGCUCGCGUUGGCAACUUAAAAGAUAAUCCAAAAAAUGAAUCGGAUAGUGACCCGAUGGAUGUCGAUCAAGUCAGUGACAGUGCAACGCCAGAUGCUUCUCGAAAGAUACUGGAAGGACUAGGUCAAAAUUGGGACAAGCGAACCUUGUCUUCCAGUGAUGGACGGAAAGGUUGGGAAAGUAUUCUCGUUGGUUGCAUUCAUCAGUUAGGUGAUUACGAGUCCAUUCCUAAUUUGGAUCGCACGAUUGCUCAUAUGGUACCUGAUGAUGAGUCUGUUACUGAAGAGGAUUUUGAAGAAAACUAUGUGACCCUUGAGGUGGUAGAUAAAUUACAAAUUUUGAACUUCUUGGUUAACGUUGCCACAAAGACCGUAGUUAUUCAUGAUUAUAUUGAAAGAUGUGUUGAGAAACUGGCAGAUCUCAACAAGGAGAAAUCUGAUCUUGCCAAAGAAAAACGACAAAUCGCACUUUCAUUCGCUGAAAUUGCCAAAGGUAACCUUCCUCCUUCCUUGGCUAAAGACUCUGAUGAUGAAAGAAGUCCUUCAACUUCUGCUGUGAAGUCUAAUGGUAAUGGUACCGAAACUUUGGAAUCAAGAAAGCGUAAAUUGGAAGAGGAUGAAGUCGCAAUACAAAAAAGGGAAGAUCAAAUUGAGAAGGAAAAGCGAAAGUACUCGGUGCCGCGCGUCUCUCUUUUAGGGCGUGACCGUUUUUACAAUAAGUACUACUACUUUGAUAAUGUGGGAGCUGCAGUUACUGAAAAAUACGGUGCGGGCAGGAUCUUUGUCGAGAGUCCAAAUAAUUUUGAUUUGGAAAUAAUGACAGAAAGAGAAUUGCAACGUUUCAAUAAAAGAAGGAAAGUUGAAGAGAUAAGUGGUCGCAAUGCUGGUAUAGACAAUCAGACUCAAUGGGGGUAUUAUGACGAGAUAUCCCAGAUUGAAGAAUUACGACAGUGGCUUAAUUCAAAAGGUAUACGGGAAUUAUCCCUUAAUAGCGAAUUAACUUCUUGUCUACAAGAACUUUCCUCAACAAUGGGCAAGAGACAACAGGACAUGGUCACUUCACGUACGUCACAGGAAGUACGGAGAAGUAAACGUACUCAGGCAACCUUGGCCAUGUUAUCGGCACAACCGUACAUGAAAUGGGUCAAUAAAUUGAUCAAGUGA